UCCCGCCCAUGACCAGAAUCAUCCUCGUGAUUGCCUGUAGCCAUUCACAGUCUGGUGCUGUGGACGCGCAAUGUCGCGUUGCCGCGCACGUUCAGUUUGAAUCAUUUGAACGGGCACGAGCACGUGCGCGCACCCGUAUUCUUUGUGUGGCAACAUAGAGAAGCGCCAAAAGAGUGACCAUGGCUGAUGAAAAACCAAAGGAAGCAGUCAAGACAGAAAGCAACGAACACAUAAACCUGAAGGUAGCAGGUCAGGAUGGAUCUAUAGUGCAGUUCAAGAUCAAAAGACACACGCCGCUCAUCAAACUCAUGAAGGCCUACUGCGAUAGACAGGGACUGGCAAUGCGGCAAAUCAGGUUCAGAUUCGAUGGACAGCCAAUAAAUGAGACGGACACACCAUCACAGUUGGAAAUGGAAGAUGAAGAUACAAUUGAUGUGUUUCAACAACAGACAGGAGGCCUCAUAUAAUCAACAUGUUUCACCAUUUUCCUCCAUGAUAUAACAAACCAUCCGGGCCUGGGAUUCUCAGCAGCUGCUUCUUUGCAACUUUUCCUAUUGUCUCAACACGAUUCCAUGGAGAAGAGGUUUCUCUGCUUCAAACAACUGCUGUAUAGUAUUUGAAUUAUUGCCCUUGUUACUUUUCUGUUUUUGUACAUAAACCACACCCAGGUUAUGUUUGUUCAUGCUGUAUUGUGGUAAAUGUUAAGGACUUCUUCUGUAAGGUUGCAGACAUAUAGGACUGUUAAUAGAGUAAGAAUUAAUAAAGCUAAUUUUACUGGUCAAUUGACUUUGGGCUGGGCUUGGUUAGUGUCCAGAAAAUCUGUUUUUAAACUGUACUAUUUUGGGAAUGGCAAUCAGUCUACACAGUUUGGGAUUAGGGCUUUGGUUUCUGUUACUUUUAGAAGAAAUCUUUGAUUUUAUAAUUUUUUAUAUAGUAGUGAAUGUAUAGAGAAAUGUUUGAUUAAUCGUUCGAGUAGGCCAUGCUUCACAUUUUGGGAAGCCUGAAGAGAUCUCUCAGUUAAAUAAACGUCUGUUU